AAAAAGCAAAAUAGAACGCUUUCUUGCAGAGUAUCCUAACGUUCAGAAAUUCUUAACACUUGAAAAACCUCUCUUUCUUUCUUGUUCAUAGUAUCAACAAUGGCAGAAUAUGCGGCAGCAGACACAGACCAAUUACUCCAAGCAGCUACUGAUUUCUCAUUCUAUCCUGGUGAAUAUAAUGAUGCUUCAGUCAAGGAGUUUCUUGAUCGAUUUCCGCUUCCAGUAAUCAUUAAUGCCUUGCAGACCAAAGCUGAGGUGCCUGGAUUGGAAAAUGCCUUGGUUACUUGCCUAGAAAGAAUAUUUAAAUCAAGAUAUGGUUGUUCUCUCAUCCCACAGUAUAUGCCUUUCUUGCAAGUUGGUCUACAAGCAAAUUCAGAUGCAGUCAGAUGUCUGGCUUGUAAGAUAGUCUCUUUCCUUUUUGAGAAUUCGAAUGACAAAGCUGUGCUCCCAUCUCAGUUAAUAAUUACGUAUGACAUAUAUCCAUUGCUACUUCAUUGCCUUAUUAAUGGUGAUGAACGUGUUGCAAAUGCUUCAAUGGACGCAAUUAAGAAUUUCGCUAGCUCUCCAGAAGGAAUUGCCACUAUAUUUCCAGCUGAGAGCAGUGAAGCAACAGACCUUAGGCAUCUGGCUGCAAAAUAUCCUUCAAUGGGACGUGUUCGGAUUCUAGCAUUAAUAGUGAAGCUGUUCUCGGUCUCCCACGCUGUUGCAGCAGCGAUCUCCAGCUCUAAUUUGCUUGGUUUACUAGAAGCUGAAGUGAGGAAGACAGAUGACACGCUUGCAACACUUAAUAUUCUGGAGCUCCUGUUUGAGAUGGCAGAAACUGAAUACGCAACAGAAUUCUUGCCAAAAACAAGUCUUUUUCAACUCCUGGCGAGUAUUAUAAGCAACUCUUCUUUGAAGCCGAUAAUAAGAUCAAGAGCAAUGAUGAUAAGUGGAAGAAUACUUUCCAGGGAAAACAUUUUUAUGUUCGUCGAUGAAACCAGUGUACUUGCAAUUUUGUCGGAAAUUGGAGGAAGGCUUGGGUCACCUGAAACUAUAGACGACAAUGAGUGUGAAUCAGCAAUUGAGGUAGUUGGUGAAAUAGGUUCAUCAACAUCUGGAGCCGAGUUGUUAAUCUCAAAAUCACUGGAACUUGUAAGAUUUUUGAGCAAUACCGCUUUUGACAGGCAAAGACAUGGUAAACAGCUGGCUGCACUCCAUGCUCUUGGAAACAUUGCUGGAGCUAAUCGAUCCGAAAAAAGCAUAUUGCUAAAAAGGGAAGCUGAAGAAAUUCUUCAACGGUUGAUCUAUGAAAUUGCGUCCAAGACUUCGAAACUGACACCAUCAGGGUUGUUCUUGUCAGUUCUCCAGCAAGAUUCAGAAAAUCGCAUGGCAGGCUAUAGGUUGAUAUCUAGGUUGGUGGCUCGGCCAUGGUGCUUGAUGGAAGUCUGCUCAAGACAAGAGAUUAUAAGUAUGGUUACUCAUGCUUAUACGGAAACCACUAAAAUAGGCAUGGAAGCUAGAUAUAAUUGUUGUUUCUCGAUUCACAAGGCUUUGGCAAUAACAAACCCCAAGAGUGAUUCUGCUCUUGCUGGAGUAUUGGAGAAGUUGCAGGAAGCUGUUAAACGGGGGCCCUUUCUUGCAGAAAGGAAUCGUGAUGCACAGCCAACUAUUACGACUGACCAAAGGUUUUAGAUCUUCUGUUGCUUCUUGCUAAAAGUGCUUCAUAUAAACUUUGUAAGGAGAGGUUUUGUAAUAAAAUGCAUUUACUUUUGUACAAACUAGUGGAAUUUGGUCUCCUUUCAAAAAAAAAUUGGUAUGUGCUGCUAGUUGCUCUGUUGUGGAGAACCUAUAUGACAUUUUGUAUCUUUCAGGCGUUAAAACACACAGAAUGAGACCUUUACUUUUAUUGGAUUUACUUUGGUUUA